AUGUACUGGUCCAAAGCACUGAGAUUCACUGCCAUCACUGACAGAUUCACACGCGACAGAUUCUUCAGACUGAGGCGAUCAUUAAAAGUGCUAAUUGAUGAUGACGUGCCAGAAGACCUGAGGGAGAGUGACAAAUUCUGGAAGGUGAGGCCUUUUCUGGAUCGGAUUCUACAAGGCUGCAGGUCUCAGACUCGACCUGAAUGCGUAUCGAUCGAUGAGCAGAUGAUUCCUUUCACAGGAGCAUGUCCAUGUAGACAGUAUCUCCCAAUGAAGCCAAACCCAGUUGGCAUAAAGAACUUUGUUUGUGCUACAGCAGAUGGCAUUGUGCUGGACUUUGAUCUGUAUCAAGGUACAGGUGCACUGCUUGAGCAGGUUGCAGAACCAGAGGGUCUGGGUUUGGGAAGCCUAGUCAUGGCUCGUCUGUGUCAAACUCUGCAUCGUGGCACAAAAGUGUAUUGUGACCGGUUCUUCACAAGCAUCCAAGGUGUGGAACAAAUGAUGAAGAAGGAGCUGUACGUGACUGGUACAGUAAUGAAGAACCGGGUUGCUGCAGCAGUGCAGAAGUUACUCACUGACAAAACCAUGAAAAAUGCAGGAAGAGGUACCUCAUCAGAAGUUUCCACUGAAGAUGGAAAGUUGUGUGUAGUGAAGUGGUAUGACAACAAACCAGUACUGAUGAUGUCUGUUGUUCAUGGUACACAGCAAGACACCUGCCAGCGCUGGGACAAAAAACUGAAACAAUAUGUGUCUGUCUCGCGACCAUGCAUUGUCCGUGAGUACAACCUCAAGAUGGGUGGAGUUGACUUGGUUGACAGGAUGAUCAGUUACUAUCGCAUGAGUGCUCGUACUAAGAAGUGGACAAUGCGGAUGCUAAUGCACUUCACAGAUCUGGCAUUAGCCAACAGCUGGAUUCUCUACCGCAAAGACCUCACAACUUGUGGUGCACCAAAGAAGAGCGUGAUGCAGUUCCUUGAGUUCCGUAUGGAAGUGGCUAGGACCGUCUUGGCCCAGCAUCACAGCCAAGAAAGCGAUGCAGACCUUUCAGAAGUGUCAGAGGAAGAAGACAAUCCAAAACAAGGGAAAAAACGUCCAGUGCCAACAGUGCCCCAUGUCUCAGUCCGCAGGAGGGCUAAUGCACAUCUCCCAGAAAUGAUCAGCCUGAAGAAUGCAGCACGCUGCAGAGCAGCAGGCUGCACUGGGAGAACCCGAGUGCGUUGUGUGACCUGCAAGGUCUUCUUAUGCUUGCAAACCGAUCGCAACUGUUACACAGCCUUCCACACAUAG